ACGUGACUCAGCUGUCGGGCCCUGCCAGUGAACAGAAGCAGGCUGCAGGCGGAGGAAGCAGCAGCAGCAGCAGCACGGAGAAGAGGUAAGCAUUCACUGGCUGCCGAUGGUUCCCCGGCUUUGUUGACGACAGGUUAGAUUUUUCAUUACCUAUUGUCCACAACAUCAUCGACAUGGGCUCAUUUUAACUAGCCACAUGCUUAUAUUUGAAAAAUUUAAAGAUAAGUAGUAGGCUAGCAACUAGCCGCAGCCUCCGCGGUGAGUGCCAGCGGUAGAUGGACGGAGUCAGGAUCCGUUUAUGGUGGUUCGGGUUCAGCUAGUUAGCUGGUCGAUUAGCCGGUCUGCUAACAUGUCUGUUUUUGUGGAGGGGCGGCAAACGUUGGAAGCGUUGCUGCUGAGCAUCUCGGUUUGGCUCAACAUUGAAAAGGAGGAAGGCUUAAUCCCACUCCUGACAUGUUGUGAUCUUUGGAGCCCACAUAGCUCUACUUCUUUAUCCAACAUCCAGGAUGUAGCUAGUCUGAGCUAGCAGGCAGCUCACGGUGAUGAGCUAUUUUUGCUACAUCUCACGGGCUUCAGCAGUGUUUGAGUCAGUUUGAGCCGAGACUGUCUUUGGAUAUUUCUCCCCGUCAACAUUAUAGCAGACAGUCGUGAUUUAAUGUCGGUUUAAGCUCAUUUCUUUGCCUGGAGGUUGAGUUGAGGCGAUGCUCCUCCGCCGUCUCUCUGUCAGUGUAAUUUCAAGUAUCUUAGAAAGCAUUUUAUUACUGAUGACAGUUGGUUUUACUGAAGUGUCCAUUUAUUUUCCUACGGUUUUGUCCACCUUUACUUCAUUUUGUCCCAUUUUUUUUCUUUGACCAACCGCAUCACGAUUUUAGCGUCUGUCUGCAGCCACAGGUCUGUUUGGUUCAAUUUCGUGUGAAAAACACUCCUCAGUCAAAUCCAACAGUAUUUUUUUUUCUCAUCCGUCGUUAGAUGUCCUCUUUCUUCGGGUUAUAUUCAACCUUAACCGGGAGUGGCCGCUUUGGUUUAACAUAAUAAAAACGGUGUUAAAUGAUACAUGGCUUUCUUCAAUAAUUCAACAAUUAGUUAAAUAUCCUUCCGCUGCGCAGGAUAGUCCUGAAGUGAUUGGACAUUAGUAUCGGCAAGUGAGAGGUAAUUUUAGGCCGGCGCAUUAAUAUUUAAAUUAACGGCUGUGGGAGAAGUUAGCGUCUCAUUCGCAGUUUCCGAUCGAGGGAGGUUAUGGAAACAAAGUCCUGAUCCAAAUACAGUAUACUUACGCCGGUCCAUCUAAAAUGUCAGACAUUGCCUAUAUUUUUUUUGUCUGGAAUACAUAAGACCAGGUCAUAAGACUUUUACUUCUCUGACUUAGUCUAGUUUAUCACAGAAAAAUUUACCUCCUUUUACCUCAAGGAAUCGUCUUAGUUAUCUAAAACCUGGAACUGCAUUUUAAGUUUAUAGACCUGUGGGAUCAUCUAGUCCAGUUCUGAGGAGUUAAGUGGUUUUGGAUCAGGAUCUUGUUUCCUGCUCGAUAACAGCCCAAACAGAGGCUGAUAAUAAGAUGCCAACUUGAGCGUUGUCUCUGGCUGGAGGUUGAAAGCUUUAAGCACUGUCACUGUUGCAACACCGAAAGACCACCCCAGGGUCCUCCUUAUAAAUGAUCAUUAAAAAACACAGGUCAUGUUGAAAGCAACCAUUUCUGUUUGAUAAUGACAUCCUUUUUUAUUUGUGUUGUCAAGCAGUCCUCCAUGGGAUCCUGGAAGCGGGUUGAAAAGACAGACCGGCUGACGUGAUGACGUUACUGGGAGGAGCGGCUCUCCUGUUGGCUCACAGCUGAUGGAGAGGAGUCCCUACUCCUCCUCUUACACAGACGGCCAGGGUCGUAUGAGGAGGACACUGAACUCAGAAAUGACACGCUGAACUGAACAGUAACUUAACCCACAUCAGCUGAAAGCACUGGCCUGGUUGGACAGGAUAGAUGCCUUGCCUGUUGAUGAGUUUACAAGCGAAAGCGUUUUGGUGUGUGAUUGUUUCUUUUUGAUCAGCAGGAAUGAGUGUUGGAUCUGUCACAGGGGAUAUCUAAAUAAUUUCUUGACACUCAUCUGUUGCCUUGCCAUCAAAACCACACCAACGAGGUAGUUCACUGAUCAAAAGCAUCAAAAAUGACUUGAAUGAGUGCCUUUUUGUUGUGUAUGCAGCCAAGUCCAGCAACGUUGAAGUCCACCAGUUUUGUGACCUCAAGUUUUUCGCCCUUUGUUACUUCAACCAACCAGUUAACCUAGGCAAAGAGCAAGUACUAUGCACUGUUGUCGCUGUCCCACAUCCAACACAGAACCAGUAACCUCAGCAGAGAAGAGGUGCUUGUAACAGUAACAGACCCCUCUGAAAAACCUCUGACCCCCCCCCCCCCCAUCUGAGAGGUUAUCAUUUUCCUUGUAAAUCCACGGGGUUGUUUAGAGUACUGCAGGGAUGUUCGCCGCCGUGGAGCAUGGCCCGGUCCUCUGCAGUGACUCCAACAUCCUGUGCCUGUCUUGGAAGGGCCGUGUGCCCAAGAGCGAGAAGGAGAAACCGGUGUGCAGGAAACGCUACUACGAGGAGGGCUGGCUCGCUACUGGGAAUGGACGAGGUGUUGUUGGGGUGACAUUCACGUCAAGCCACUGUAGACGGGACCGGCCUACACCGCAGAGAGUCAAUUUCAACCUCAGAGGACACAACAGCGAGGUAAGAAAGCACCAGGGGUGUAAAGUAACAAAUGACUUUUGUCCAUAUGAUUGUAAAUAAGAAGCUUUUAUAUAUAUAUACAUCAGUUACAGAGUAAGAAGGAAAUUUCAAAACAAUGCAAGUUUUCAAUCAACCCCAUCCAAAUGAGGUAUGCUCACACUGCCAAAAACUCCCAAUUCAUCGAGUGAUUUUUUUCCAUUUUGAAAAGAUCUCUUGAUUUAGGUUUCUGUUGACCUGAUAGGUCCAGAUCUCUUAUUUCUAGAUAAUUCAGUAAAUAGUCAGAGAAAUUUUGCUUGCUGAAUUAGCAGCCAUUUUUACUCCUUACAGUCAAUUAAGCAGUUAUUCUUAGCUUGUAUUAUUAACCAGCCUUUAUGCACAGCCAGUGUGCAGACCCCAAAGAAAUAUUCAGCUGCUUUGCUGAAAAGUAUAGAGUCAUAAUCUCUGUGCUCAUCAGUGCCAUUAGUUACAUUACAACAGUUUUGCACUUUUAUCAGUUAGACUAUUUUGUAGCUCUUUCCAUUCCUGGAAAAUACACAGACCAUUCUCAUUUAAUAAAUAUACUGGAUUUUUUGUCAAAUAACAGGUUAAAAAAGGAAAAAUAACUGUGUGGAGUCCUGGCAGUAAGUAUUUUUCAAGUGAAAGUAGAGCAUCUGAAGUCUAAUCUGCUCUUUUUGUUAUUAUUGUUUUUUUGUCUGGUUGUGUCUGGUUAAACAUAAACAGGUGUUAGUGGUUUGUCACAAACAGCCGUCCAGUUUUCCUGUCAGUGCCUCUGUCUUCUUUAUCCUCCAGUAUCUUCCCCCAGAGUCCUUUUUUGAUGCAAAUAGUUGUGCAAUGUACAAUCCAUUAUCCUCAAUGAAUAUGAAUAUCCCCCUCUGUAUAUAGGACUGCUGGCACCAGUGGAGAUUGCACACAGGUUGCGUUACUCUUUCAGUGGGUGUAGCUGUUGGUCAGAUGGAGUAAGGUGCUGUGUCAGCAUUUUCGUAGAGCAGCUGAGGGGAGAGUGGAUGAGUCCCCACAGAGAGUGACUGAAGCGCAGCAGAGAUGUCAUUUAACUCUGCCCACUUGAAUGUGGUCCAAGCGCUGAUAUUUCCUCUGGCACCGUAGUUAUGAUCCAUGCAGUGUGGAGGAGGUUAAAACCACUGAAACUUGAAAUUAAAAUGUACACAUUUUCUGUUAUUAAGUCCCCUUAUGUACCUGAAUUAUUGGAUUCGUGGUGGUUUCAUUUCUUUGCAUGUAGAUCCUUAGAAAGGGAUCCUGAUUGAUUCAAUAACAGCUUACACAUCUUCUGAAUCCUUCAUUAUUUCACCAAUGUUCAAACAUUAAAGGGAUAUUCUGGCGUAAAUUUAAGUUAUAGUCAAACACAGCAUAACACCUAGUUAGACACCCCCUCGGGAGAUGAAUGUUGCCGCUUAAAAUUUAUGAUUAUUACCUACUUCUACUUCUGAGAUUUAACCUUGAUGGUCUGUCAUUUGAGUUUGUAGAAUUUCAUGUUUCACAGUUUUUUUUUUUUCCAUAAUUCAACUCAUACAGUUGAAGUUAUGAUUAGACAAAUAUUUGCGUAUAGGCUUUCAAGGACCUAGACACCCUGCUCAAAUUAAAUCCAAAUGAAACUUUGUUAGAAGCUGUAGCACAAGUAAUGUAAAUCACCCUUGUAUCCUAUCUAGAAAUAUAUUUCAGAUAGGGCAACAAAUUAAAGCUUUGGAAAAUUCACAAUCCACCGCUCAGCUUCCCUAUGAAUAAUUUGAGGAUUCUGAAAACGGUGAAUAUCACACAGACUAAUGAAUUCUGUCAGGUUCUUCUGACAGAUCUGUCUGCUCACUCAUGCCGUUUUCCGUUUCAGUUCUGUUGAAUGAAGUCAAAAAGAGAUUGCUGUUUGCCUUAUACACAGAAACACAAACUGAAAUCACACCCCAGAGUUGGGAAUUUACUUUUUCUAGUCUUUUGCUUACUUUUUUUAAAAUCAGGGAAAGCUCAACAUAAAACAAUUUGGGCUGUCCCGAUAUGAUAUUGAUAUCAAAUAUUGGUCCAAUAUAAGCAACAAUCCUAAUAUCGGAUUAUAUUGGCCUGCAUCUAAAAUCUCCGAUAUCAGCACUCUGAUACAAGCAGGUGUAGGCCAGUAUUGAAGGCUAUAAUCUUUGUAUCGUAUUGAAGGUAAAAAAAGUUGUAUACCCCUAAGCCAAUGUUUUAUUCUCAUUUAUUUUUCAAAGAGCUUUGUCAGUAAACUCAGGUAACAUCUCCUUGUCUUGAAAAGCUGCACGCUCAGCAGUAAAUGCAGUCAUGUCCGUUGACACUCCCAUCCUUUUGAACAUAAGUCCUGUCAUUGAGCACUUGUCGUCAUUAGCGACGAGUGUCCUCUCUUGUAAAUUAGCUCUACUCUCGUUAUGAAAGAGCCCACACACAAAAAAAUGCAACAUGAGCUCACUGUGCAGGAGUGGAGGUCUGCCAAGAUCAAUACUCGUGCCAGCAUCCUUAAGUUUGGCCAUUUUUCCCGGUGAUGUAUGGACCCAAAUGUCCUGUGAUCAUGCUAAUGUAAGCCAGCCUCUGAACUGAUGUGUCUUUUGGACUCAGCCCAGUACGAGCAAUGUAGUAAAGUAAAGGAUAGAUCUUCCGCUGUCACACAAAUAUUCAGGGAGAAUAAAGAUAUCCUUGAUCCUUGACAUGUUUCAGUCUGUAUCUCCAUCAAGAGUUCCACUGCCUGUGGAUGGAUAAGUGGUUUUAUUUGCACUUGAUAAAAAAAGUGGCCCCCAUGACAACACAGGAUAUUAUGGAUAAAAGCGUCUCAUGUUAGGGUGAAGCUCAGCUCUUGUCCUGCUGGCGCACCUAUUCUGAAGUCUCUUAGGAUUUUCUUUGGAUAAUUAAAAAGCUUUUUAGGUCCAGAGUCUGUGGUACAUCUCUGAUGAAGGUCCAUCCUCCCCCCAGUGUCUAAUUCUCUGUCAACCAGGGUAAAAGAUAAUUACAAGGUAACAGCUUCAAAGGGAGCAAGGUGUGUGUGUGUAUGUGUGCGGGUGCAGAGCCAAGCUCCUUUUGCUCCGUCUCCCACAACUAUCUUUUCACAGAGGGAAGUGAACUCCUCUUUAUUUGACGCUUUGUGUUUUUGGUGGAGCUUAGUAGCUUGGUAAAGGUACACAUAAUCAGAAAUGCAAAAUCUUUACAAAUGAAAGUUAGAUUGAAUAUUUACAAUUGAGGAGGGGAAUCUGUGAAACUUUGUCAAUUGUUGGGCUGUGACCCAGGUCUUUUAUAAAUAAUGGAUAAUUCUGUGAUCAGGAGUGUCUGUUCUGCUGUCUGAACAUGGCUACUUGGCUAGUGUAUUUUAAUCACCUAACAAGCUAAAGGUGAUUAAUCAUCAGGUUGAUUGGAUUGAUUAUUAACUCUGCUUCGCUUGAACACUUUUUCCCAGAUCAACCCUGAUAUUACAACACAGCUAACAUUUAGGUCUAUUUGCAAGAGUAAUGGUUUUUAUAGACUCAAAGUAAAUAGAGCAGAUGGGCAAAAAUAGUCAUAUUAAAAGAAAUUUGGCCUCAAAUGUUGUGAUUCUAUUUUUAUGGCAUUAUCUAAACAGAACCACUGACCCGGUGUGUCAUUUCACCCCUGAGAACAUUAAAAAUAGAUCAAAGCUGUAAGUUCAGUGUCGUUUUUGAUGUACCUGUACAUGUGAUGUUGCAGAGAACUCCCAAAGGGACAUGCAUCAGAAGUGAUCAAGUCCUCUUUUGACAACCCGAUGCUGAACAGACUGAGCAGCUAGUCACUAGGAGUCCGUUCAUUCUCUGUAAGAGCUGAGGAGCUGAGACAGGUUGACAAUAUCUGUCAGCGUGUUGACAUGAAAUGCUGGCUGCAGCAAAGGUUUGGGGGAAAUUGUCUGUCAGAAUCCUGUCAAGUGAAAGUUGUGGUGUUUAUUUGCAGGCAAUAAAACGAAAUAUGAAUUCUUAACAAUGUGUGAAAGUGCUGUUAGUCUAGAGGAAAAGUCACUUCUUCAAGUGAAGUGUUUGUAGAUGUCUUCUACCUGUAUGCAAAGGUUUAAAGUUAGAAUUAGUUGGGACUUCUUUCAAAUAGAGGAAUAAACGUAGUACAGGAAAAGUCACCUUAAAGCCAUUCUUCUUUUUGUCUCUUUUCUCUUUAGUGUAGAGUAUGAAGUUCACAUUGAAAGCUCUGUGAUCCGGACAGAAAUCUCCUUUGAUUGCUGCAUCUUAAUUAGCUGGCAGGUGUAUUUUUGCUGCAGUAAGUAGUAGUUAACUCACAGUCAGAAAGUACACCGUGUCUCCUGUUUCUGGAGUAUAAACGCUGUGAGAGAAAGUAGAACUCGAGAGCUUACUAAAAAUAUGCAACCUCAUAAAGUAUGCAGGAAGACUUUGUGUUCAUAGAUGCUGUUUUGCAGUUACUGCAACUCUUUAAAAGUCAUGGAUGAGAUGAUUUUGAUUGAUGGCUAAGAGUUUGUGUACCUGAAUUAUUUUGUUGUCGGGCUAGGUGAUAUGGCCUCAAAUCAAUAUCAAGAUAUAUUGAGCAGUUCACCUCGAUAACGAUAAAUGGACGAUAACCACUCCACAAGCUGCUCACCCCCUUCCACAUUAACUUCGUCUACUUCAGCCGCUGCUCCAGCCGCUACAAUUUUUGAACCAUCCUCCAUCUCCUCACCUGCCUUUCCCUCUUUGUUACGGACUGAAUGGGGUGGAGUCACAUCUCUGACAGAGGACAGCAUCUUAAAGGGACAUGAGACCAUAGCCUACUUACACACAUCCAAAACCAACCUUUAUUUAUUUAUUUGACACUAAAUAUACCGAAACAGGCAAAAUAACGUAAUUGUCAUUUUUGUUCUUGUAAAUUUUAGAAUCUGUAAACUUUUGGUUUAUCGCCCAGCCCUAGUUUGUCCAUUUUGAGUUCAUUUUGUUAGUUUUCCUGUUUUUUUUUUUUAGGCCAGUUUGUUUUCUGGGCGGCAGUAGCUCAGGGGGUUGAGUAGUCGUCCAAUAACUAGAGGAUUGGUGGUUCGAUCCCCACCCUAUCUGUAGUCUGUCCGUUGUGUCCUUGGGCACUUAACCCACCUUGCUCCCAUUGUGUGUCCUCCACUAGUGUAUGAUUGUGAGUGAUGUUUGAUGGUGGUCAGAGAGGCUGUAGGUGUGAAGUGGCAGCCAUGUUUCUGUCAGUCUCCUCCAGGGCAGCUGUGACUACUAAGGUAGUUUACUACCACCAGGGUGUGACUGUGUGAGUGAAUGAAUGAUGUAUCCAAUAUAAAGUGCUUUGAGGUCACUGAUGAAAAGCGCUAUAGAAUCUGAUGCAUUAUUUACCAGUACACGGGGAACUGCAAAGAAAUCCUCUUAUGGCUUAAAAAAAGCUUCAAAAUGACUCAUAUCUGAUCACAUGAUUCUUGCUUUAGUGCUUCAUUACUGUGACAGAACCAUGAACAUUUAAUGGUCUCCCUCCAUAAGUUACGGUCAAGUUCCAAAAGAGCGAGGAGGGCAUGGUGUAAAAUGUUGAUAAAAGCAGAAUUUGAUGGUUUUAAACUUGUGUUUAAUUUUAAGCUCCGUGCACGAUCAUGUCAUUAUUAAAUAAAGUUAAUAAAAGCCCCAAAAUAUAAAGUAAAGAGAAAUUCUUAAAGAAAACAUCUCAAAUGUUAAAACUGAAACAUUUGUUAGAUAAAAAUGUUAUGGUCUAAAUAGUCAGACACACCAGGAUUAAUCAGUUGGUCCAAUAAUGUAAGAGAGUAAAUAAAGGAACAACCUUAAGUUUAUGAAGUAGUGGAUCGAUGCAUAGAGCCCAUUUCCCUUUGGGGAUAAACGAGUUCUUGUAUUAAAAACAUUUAACUUCAGCUCUUCAGUUUCGUCCUUUUAAUGGUGAUCAUCUCCACAGAUCGCAACAUAUAAAUCACUGUCUCCAAUGAACACAGCCACCACACCUCUCCAUCACAUUUUUUAAUGUAGGAUGUGUGACGUCCUAACGCCUUUAGAGUGUGCCGGUGAAGUCUCAUAAAUAAAUCAGUUCGUAUUCCUGGUAGAGGGUCUUUGAAUAAACCAGCAGUGAUCUAGAACCUCUUUUUCAAAUACACAGAGAGGAGAACUGGGAUGCUGGUUGACUGAGUAACUAAAUCUCUUUUCAGACUUUAUGGAGACCAUGAUAUUAGAUUCAUGACUGGUCGAAUGCAGCACCAUCUCUAUAAAGUCCACCUCCAUGACCACCUUGUCUAGACCCCUGAUAGUGUUUCAUGGUCUCAUGACCAUGUCUUUGCCCUUCCUUUCCUCUCCCCACAGUUUUCUGUCCUCCUCUACCUGUCAUAACUCCCUCCGCUGUGCUUGCCACUACCUUCACAGGUCCUUUUAUUGUGAGGAUCUCCAUCAGUCUUCUUCUUACCUGACCUCCUGGCUUAAGACGCCCUGCUGAAGAAUGAGAGUCCAUGACCCAUUCACUCUGAUAAAGCCUUCUCUCUAAAUGUGCUUAGGUGAAAUGGCUUUGGUGUGUUAAUCCAACCUUUGAGAGGACAUGUUGCGUAACACUCAUGUCUCCUGCUUCUUCAGACUCAGGUGUACUUGUCUGCUCGUGUGGCCUUUGGUACUGAGCACAAUAAAUAUGUUGUGAGAAGAAGAGUUUGUAGUGAAGGAUCAGACAGAUAUCUGCACACUUGUGUUGGUAAAAAUUAAACUCUUCAGGGCAGCCUGCAGAGACUUGCUUGUGCUGUAUUUUGAACUGUAUAUCUUAUUACACAGUGCGUUUUAAUGUCACCAAGUGCUCAGAGAUCUAUUAUCUGCUUAAGAUGUCUCCAUGUGACUCAUGGAGUCAGUCGGUUUCACCUCAGUCCAUUAAAAUUUCGAUCGUUACAUGAGGUCUGGAUGUUUAAGCACCACUUAUACUCCUUCAACAUUACUGUUUAAGAAGGAUUCUAAAUUCUCAGAAAUGAAGGCUAUGUAAACAUAGUCCGUGUAGUCCAGGGUUUUAUACAGGGGGCUAAUUCAAAUUGAGUUUUGCCACUAAUUUACUAUCUUGUCUGGUCCUGAAUAAGAGGUCAGGUCAGGAAAGUUUGCUGAAGGAAAGGGCAGAGUUUCUUUGUCUUGCUUGCUCAUACUGCAUCUGAUUUGAUCGUCUGCCACGUAGCUCUGACCUUUCCAUGGUUCUCCAAACAUUAGCCUGGAACUGUUUACAUCAGCAGUCUUUUUUCAAGUGCUUUAAAUGCUGCCUUCUCUAACUUUAAAAAAAAAAAGUUUACUGAAGAGAUGGAUGAGUCUAUUUAAUCCAAAUUUUCUAAUAAUAUAGAAUUUUCUUUUGGUGAAAAAACAAUUUUUCCCCAAAUUCUUUGCGUCAGGGAAAGUGAUGCUAUUGGCCCAUACGCUCUCGACUGCAUCACCAUGACUGUGCACUGUCACUGUGUCCUCUCACUUCUGCUGACUCCAACACAACCCAAAGCUGUCCUCUGAUUUGAUUUGGUCUUCUCAGUCAAGUUGUGAGGGUCAGCUCCACUCCCAGACUCGUAGUCCCAGCAAGAGGCCAGGGCUGCAGUGACAACAGCAUGGCACCACAGGAGAAAAGACAGUGCCAAUUUCCUGGGCAGAAGUUGUCAAUGGCCUUGCACCGGCCAAAGGACAGAAUUAAGGGGAUCACAAACAUGCAGCCUCCUCUUCUCUCUCCUGGUACUGGCUUGGAUGGGAAGAAGAUCAUCUUGAAAGCAUGUGGCUUUAGGCUGUCAAAUUCAUGGUGCAGCUGUCCCUAACACUCUGUCCACCUUAUUUUAAAGGAUCUUGAAGUGCUAAUUGUGGAUCAGCAGUGAUUCGGUCAAGCAACAACACGAGAGGGUGUACUGAUGGACUUAAAUGUCAGCAUGCCCAGAGCUUGUGCUGGUAUCUAGUGAAACAGAACAACAAAGAGUGUGAUGUAAUUUUGAACUUAAGUGGACUGGGUUAUUGUUUCAGAACACCUGUAGAGGAGUGAAAGUGAGAGUUGAAAGUCUCAGUACUGUUUCACUGUUUACCAGCCCUGUUUGAAUACCCUGGGCACAAUCGUGUAACUGGGUCAAAUAUUAGUAGUAAGUAUUAAUUUUUAACAAGCAUCAGGAGGUGUUUUAUGAGUGGUUUUCUCAGGCCUGUUUUUGUUGUAGUGUAUGCACGUGCCACGCUUCCCAUGAUCCCUUUGUCCCCUCGUUGUCCUGGGGCUUCUCACCCUUAUCCUGUCUGUCUCCCUCCAUGUGACGUCUGAUCUCCCAGAUCGCUGCGUCACAGCGAGGUGCUCAGCUGUCUCCUCGUGGGAGCCUGACUAGCCCACACUAAUCUCCGGACUGAGCUAAAUUUACACACAAACACAGAUUAUUCUCACCUUUUAUGCAGCUUCUGACAAGUGUGCACACGUGCAAACCAAACGCCAAUGCCUUUUUGUAUGCCUUCUUUUUUUUAGUGUAUGAUACCUAGUGUAUAAAUGAUUUGGGGAUAAUUCAAACUUGAUCGGAUUGCUAAUCCAAGGCCUUGUUUAUACAGUGGCUGGAUCUGAAUUAGGUUGUAUAAUGUUAUUCAGAAAAUCCUUUUUGCGCAUUAGAGGUUGCAGACAGUGCAUGAGUGUUUUAACAACACUGCUUUAUAUUCUUACAGUGAGAUCCUUCAGCGUGAAGUUAUUGUGUUUGGCAACACCACUGCACAAGCUCCUAUGCUUUUACUAGAGAGCAAAGCUGCAUCAGGUGACAGCUGUGUCUAAAUGAUAGAUGGCAGACUGCUUUAUAUGGUCCAUGAAUACAGACAACUCAGUCAAAAUGAUAGAAACCAAAGCAGGUCUGAAACAGGCUAGCAGGGUUCCUACACAGUUGGAAUUUCCAUACUUUUCCAUACCCCAAUUUUUAGAAAUAUUUUUGGAGAUACCUACUUUCCUAUUUUUUGGAAAACUGAAUUUUAGAACUGUGGUAAUAGUCUGAAAACAUAAGUAUUUUUCCAUACUUUAUUUCUCAUUUUCCACACUUUUUAAGACCUGGAAAUUGAUCAAAUUUAUUUCCAUACUUGCAUAGGAACCCUGAGGCUAGAUCUCUAUGUGUCCUCUACCCUGCAGCUUCCCAGCUGAGACACACCUGUGAAGCCGCAUUAAGAUUUAUACAGCUUAGAGUGGGAGUAAAAGCAUGGUAAAUCUGUCUCACUAGACAACUUGUUGAUUAGAUACCAGGACCAAGAGAUCAAUGAGCCCUAAUGUGAAGUUCUAACCCCUCAGGGCUGCACACAGUGUCUGCAGAUAAACAUUUUUGUAUGAGAUAAAUCAGCUCACAAAGUAUAAUCCUGUCUCUUAUUACUCUAGACAUGCAACAGUAACAAGGCAGUGACCAAUGAUGAGUUGUGCAGAAGCGCUGCAGAAAUAAUUGUCACCUUAGCAUAGUCACUGAAAAUUCAAAUGGAUUCCUUUGACCUGUUUCAACUUUGUUUACAGGAGAAUAGCCCACAGUGUAUGAAUAAUGUUAUGAAUAUAAUUACUUUCAGAAAAAAAACAACAACUGUGAUUUCUUCUACAGCAUAUUGGUGAAUCAUAGUUGGUGGAUUACAAUACAGGAGUCAUUGUUAUCCUCCUAUCCAUCAACCUGGUUGUGACUUGUUGUGCAGUUUUUACUGUAAAUAUAUAAAGAAAACCCUGAAUGAGUUUGUAGCUACAAAGGAUAUAAUGUGGCCAAGUAAUCACCAACUGAGUGCAUCUUGCUGGCAAACUGUGCUUGUCCUUAUUCCAGAUUAGAGUUUUUUCAAUGCAGUUCUGCUGGAAACUGAAAGAAUGUACACUGAAAGGAAAAUUCUUUAUCCUCUUGGUUUUUUCUAUACUUACCUGCACCUUUUUAUCAUAAGAAUACAGAUUGUCGUGUGAACACGGGGUGAGUGACCCCUGACUCAUUUGACCCCGGGCUGAUUGGACUGUGUAAGGAAGGGAUGAUUUUCUACAGGGACAAACGAGCGAGACUGGCAGGCUUAUCCAGCUCUCAGCCACUGAUCUGUUGGACUUUCCCUCAGAGAGCGUAAGCUUCACUAAAACCAGCCCUGUGCUGUGUGUUUGAGCGUGUUCAGCCCACGUGCUGUGCCCAGCGAGAGCAGAGCUGCACCCUGUUUAGGAUUAUUUUCCCCUGGGAAUAGGCUGAGUCACGCUACAGAGGACCAGACAGAGACAUAGACAGGGAAGGGGAGCUGGAUGGAGAUGGUUAUAGGUGGCGAUGAUCAAGAGAGAGGUUAUGAAUAGUGUGAUCUAUACUCCUCUGCAAGUAAUUAACACCUUCCGUCUUCCAUUCCUACAGCUAAUUUGGUGCUUUUCUCUAUUCAGUCACCAUUAAGUAGAUAGAGACAUCCGGACAAGUGUUAGUCACCAUGUCAGAGGCAGUACAGUUACAUUUAUCCAUUUUCAAACUUUCCAAAAAUUUAAAAUAGAAAAGUAAAAUAUGCCUUCAAACACAGCUUUACUUUUCCCUCUCAGACACUCUGACGGCUGUUUCAUCUCAGCGCCUGUCAUAUAAUCAGCAUAUUUGCAACUCCUUUGUGACUUUUUCAAAACGAGGUUAACCCACUUUGUGAUAUUUUCAUCUGGUUCGUCGCUAUAUUUAGCUCAUUGAAAUGUGGGAUCUUGGUGUCUUGCUUUCCACAUUCAAGAUAUUUCAGCUGACGCUCCAAUUUAGAGGAACUUGGAGCGAGCGUGCAGGCGAGGGUGCAGAGUCUGGAACAAGGGCACCCUGACGAGGCACUGUGAUCAUCUCACAUUAUCUGUUGUGGCUCAGGGAGGGGGGGGAGCUCGGUCACAGAAAGGCCACUGCUUCAUACUUUAACUUUGAAAGUACUCUACACUCUCUAGACUGAAAUCAUUUGUAUGAUUUUCUGAAACAAUUGUUUCAAAGUUGUCUCAGACCGUGACUCAGAUAAAAGACAAAUGCCAAUCUCUCUCCAUUUUAUUUUUUUCUGUUUUUUUUUCUUGAAGGUGGUGUUGGUGCGGUGGAAUGAGCCCUUCCAAAAACUGGCCACUUGUGAUACAGAUGGAGGGAUCUUUGUCUGGAUUCAGUAUGAGGGCCGCUGGUCUGUGGAACUGGUCAAUGAUCGUGGAGCACAGGUAAAGUUACACAAAGAGGAAACCAUAUAAAUGCUGCCGAACAACUUCAGUUAACCUACGAAUUCAAAUUCAAGUGUUUAUUUUAUCAGACGUGGUUAUGGCCUCUGUCAAUGAAAGAGCAAUGUUGUACAUUUAAAUCAUUUUCAGAAGAACAGUAAGGUUUGAAAAUAUCCUGCAUUAACUUAAGUCCAAAAUAAGAAACUGGAGUGCUGGUUUAGAGCAGACUGGCCCAUGAAGAGGGGUUACCGUCCUUGUCGUAUCUGUCACAGGUUCAACUCCUGAUCUUUUUGCUCUCUGGUGCAUUUUAACCUAGUCUGGCUUCCUCUUAUAGUGGCCAGGAAGUGUUGGGUGAUUUCAAUAUUCAAAACGCUUUGCAAAAGAACAAAACACUAACGUAAACAGCCACAACACAAACGCAAAUAACAACGCUACAGUAAUCUUGCAGUGGAAUUAGAAACAGGCAAACUACCGCCAGCCUCUCUGACGGACUUGUUGUAUAUGGAGAGUUGGAUAAAGUAUGUAAACUUAAUUUUCCUCUUUGAUAAAUAUAGUUUUGUGAUCAUCACAGUAAGCAAUGGAAAUUUGCUAACUUUAAAUUACCAGUCACUAAAUUAUUAUUUAGAGGAAAUUUACCAAUACCGAAAUUUACGACAAUAACCGUUAUUUUGCCCAUAUUGGUGUAUUCGGUGUCAAAAAAAGUAAAAGUAGGUUUUGGAUGUAUGUAGGUAGGCUAUGGUCUCAUGUCCCUUUUAAGAUGUUGUCCUAUGUCAGAGACACGACUCUGCCUCAUCCAGUCCGUAACAAAGAGGGAAAGACAGGUGAGGAGAUGGAGGACGGUUCAAAAGUUGUAGAGGCUGGAGUGGCGGCUGAAAUAGACAAAGUUAAUGUGGGAGGGGGUGAGCAAAAUGUGGAGUAGUUAUCAUCCAUUUAUCGUUUUCGAGGUGAACUCGCUCAAUAAAUCGUGAUAUUGAUUUGAGGCUAUAUCGCCCAGCCCUACAAAGCUCCUCUGAAAAUUAACCUUAAAAUUUGCAAAGGCUGUUUGUUUUAAAUAAAGAGAUUAUUUUUCAGUCUAAAAUGCCUUGAUCGUCUAGUUGGAGGCUCACUUUCUCUUGCAUGUGUACCACUCAUUCAGCUCUUAACUUUUCAAAGGGUUCUGCUCAUGCUGUGCAGUUUGUACGCCAGGCGUCAAACAGUGUGAAUGUAUAGGCCUCCGUUAUUGUCUGCCUUCAGAUAAUCCCAUAAACUCUCGAGAGAUCGUAUAUAUCUUACUUGAACCCAAAUGAAAACAUUUGAAAAAAACAGUUUUUCCCCUGUUGACUGGUUUGUUGAUUGUUUUGGUAUGUGACCACUAGAAGAAGGUCUAAUAGAACUAGCUGAAGGUCUGAGAAUAAUGAGCCAAAAGGGGGCAUAUCACCACCUACUGGAGCAGAAACACAUGAACUUCAGUCGAAUGAAUUGAUUCUUGCAGUGCUUAAACGCUGGGAUAAGGACAGUAGUCCAGUUAGAUUGCCUAAUAGAGCUUUAAUUGUAGCUCUACUUAAUAGUGCACGUGAUCAGUUAAAUUGGUUGAUGCUGAUUGUGACAAAGACUGUCUUACUCUCUUAAAAUAUUAAAUCCCACAGUAUUUAAAAUCGUCUCUCUGGCCUUUUUUUGUGAUAUUAAUACUCUGCCUGAAGUCGUGUACUUAAAUUUCUAAUUCUUUUCUGCUUUUUCUAUUCCUGAAUACUUAAAAGUGUUGAUACUUUAAUGAAACUAUGAAUUUUAAACUGAAAUCACUGGCUGGCCGGUGGCUUCUCCAGGCACUGCUUUUCAUUACAUCUCCAAGUUUUGAGGAUGUGCGAAAGAGCAUACCAGGGUCCCUAAAAUGCCCCAAUCAAAGUCAUGAGGACCAGUUUUUUGAUGCUUAUACUUGGACCGAUUUUGGAUUUCACACUGUCAGAUCAGUAAUGGUGAUUUUACAAAUAGUGAUAUGUCAGAUUUGGGCUUUUCCAAAAUCUGCUUUCUCCUCUUUAACAAGUCAAGCCGACAGCAUCCUUUCAUUAUCAUGUUAUCUUUUACUGAGACAUUUUCUGUCCUGCAGGUCAGUGACUUCACCUGGUCCCACGAUGGCACCCAGGCUCUGAUCUCAUAUCGCGAUGGCUUUGUCUUGGUGGGAUCGGUGAGUGGACAGAGGCACUGGUCCUCCGAGAUCAACCUGGAGAGCCAGAUCACCUGUGGUAUCUGGACCCCUGAUGACCAGCAGGUAACACACACUCAUCCCAGCCUGUAGAUACAGAUAGAUCUGGAGAGAGAGCAAAGUUUUAGUUUUUCUCUUGCCAUCUUUGGUAUGUUGACUUGUCAUUCAGAGGGCAGAGAGAGGCCCUGAGGGGGAUCGUGUGUGAGUGACAGAAGGCUUCCUCUGUUUUGAAUGAGUUGUAGUUUUUGUAUGGUGAUUUUUCUUGCGUGCUAUUCAAAUGUCAGCUCAGGUUGGACUUCAUCAAACUUUCAGUCAGCACAUAUGUCUUUGUUUAUCACCUUAACCCUAUCUACAUCUGUUCUCCAAGUUUCCUACCUCUUCCUUGCGUUUCUUUUGGGUCUCUUUGUUCUCGAUCUGUUAUCUCCUUUCCAGUGUCUCUUUUUCUGUUCUUUUUUUUUUGUAUUUAUAUCCAAAAGAAGAUUGAGCCUUUCUUCUUCUUCCCAGUAAACUUCCAUAUUUCCCUCCAGGUGUUGUUUGGUACUGCUGAUGGACAGGUGAUCGUGAUGGACUGCCAUGGGCGCAUGCUGGCCCAUAUUCUGCUGCAUGAGUCGGAUGGCAUCGUCAGCAUGUCCUGGAACUAUCCCAGCUUCCUGGUGGAGGACAGUAGUGAGAGCGACACUGACUCUGAUGACUACUCUCCACCACAAGGUAAGCUGCUCAGAGCUUUUAGUGGCACAUGACAGAAACGUCAGCCAAUGUAGCCAUGAUGGGAGGGAGGGUAUAAUCUGGUGUAGCAUUAAAGGGCAAAUGAAGAAAAGCCUGCAGGACGUGUUGUGCAGACGUGGAUUAGUCCAGCUGUUUCAUUCACAGACAUUUUUGUGCAGAUGGAGGCAGAUUUUAGACCAUUUGUGAGCAUCUAACUCCUCCCUCCUUUUAUCUCCCAUCUUUCACUCCUCCAUUAACUCCUCAUACGCUUAGUCCUGAGGGAGGGGGAAAGAGUUUCAGCUGGGGGCACCAGGUGGGGACACAAGCUAUGCCUGCCAGAUGUGUCCCACAUUAUCAUGCGUAUCUGUAGUCUCUCCUGUACUCUCAUGAAUAUUUUAGAUUAAGGAACAGGUGUGAAAAUAAACUGUCAGACUCCACUAUCAAGGCCAGAGAAGUUUUGACCGAGAUCUAAGAGUGCCAAAAAUACACCUGAUGAAUCAUCAAAUCACUGAACUGGAGUUUGUGUACUUGGCCCUGAAAGCUUAACUUUAACUACUGUGUCGGUGAUUAAAGGCAAGGCAAAUUUAUUUGUAUAGCACCAUUCAUACACAAGGUAAUUCAUAGUGUUUUACAGAUGCAAGGAAAUAUAUUAGAAAUGAAUAAAGAGAUUAAAACAAUUUAAAAUCUAUAAGACAAAAAGAUCAUUUUUUCAUCUUUUCUGGGUUUGCCCUGAUUAUUUUUGAAAAUUGUGAAAAAGUUUCAAGCUUUCAGAUUCGAAGCUCUGCAGCACUCAGCCUGUGUCUCCAAGACUCAACAGGUCCCCAAGACCUCAGUGCACAGUGGGUCCCAGACUGGGAGCUCCCUAGCCUUUUACCGGGUCUUUCCAUUUCAUCAGUUAUGUCCCAAAGGUGACAUGUUAGUAUACACCUGCAAACUACUCAGUGUUUCAUUAAGUAACUUGCCACCAACAUCUCACUCAGCGAUUUAAUACAUUUUUUCCUUUACUAGGUUGUGUAGAGCAGGGUGAUGAUUUUACAGAUGCUGCAUAAACUCAGAUAUGUUUGACCCUUUAGCUGUGACUUUGGUUGCAUAUGAGGGAUCUGGCAUCUUUAUAUAAUAACUCUGGCCAUUUUUGGUGCACCCAGAAUGCCCUCACACGGCCAACCUCAUCCAUUACAAAGCUUUGCUACUUGGUCCCUCUGCCAUAGUGAAACAAAUAUAGUUUAGUUGAAUGUCUCUUCAUUGUGAUGUUUUCAGGGACAGUUACCAUGGCAUCCCUUACUUUGGAUAAAAUAACAUUCCCUUCGCUGAUCUGUUUUCUUUAAAGACCCACUCUGAUGAAAAUCAUGUUGUCUUGUACAUGUUCUUAUGGCAUUUUUCUGAUGCUACAGGACAUAACGCUAUGCAGGCCAGACCCGGAGACAUAAAGAAGAUGAUCGCGGAACAAGCGUGUGCGUUAGCAGAUUGCAAUGUUUGUAAGAAAGCUAAUUAUGAUAUAAACUUUCAUCAUGUCCCAAAAGAUAUUCGUGUCAGAGAGCUGAAUAGCUACUAUGUUACCUGUGUCUUCUACUACACCGGCAAUGUUAGGCUACAAGCUAGGGUGAGGAGGAGUGUGCAGAGCAGCGCUGUCUCUGCCCACAACUCAGAGGCGAAUUGUUGAUGAGCUACUGGAGCUCUGCAGAAGAAAAGUCCUUGAAAAUGACACAGGUAAUGUGAUUUAGGCUAAAAAAUUCAUAAUCACAAAAUAAAGACCACUGAGAACACUGAAAGUAGAAAAAAAAAAAAAAAAGAUCGGUGUAGGACUUUGACAUUUUUCCAGCUCAAUGGGCUCAUUAAUGUUAAUCUAGGCAUAAAAAACAAACAGCAAGAAGAAAAGCUGCUCAUAAUUUGGGUGAAUCAUCUUUUUUUUUAUCACGUUAAGUAUGGUUGAAUAUUUGAAUUUGUGGUUUGAUCGGCAUCAAAAAUGACUAACAGACCCGUCAAGGUGGUGAAAAGGCAGCAACUGAACACGUCACUUCAAAGCAGCCAGUUGUGAAAAUGAGGAGAAGACACAUUAGGACCAAAGAGUGUGACCAAAUGGAUGGUUGAUGGGGCUGUGGUAAAAGACAGAGAGCAGACAAAAUGGAGAAACACGAUGAAUGCUCCUGACAAUGGACUGACGCUUCCACUGAACCUUCUGAUUGCUCUUAACGGUGUGGUUGCCGUUGUCAUAACAGCAGCAGCGGUCACUGCGAGGGUGUGCGUCACUGCCUUCCUUGUGUUUUGUUGCAUCUACAGCAAGCUCAAGUGCCCAGUCAAAGCUUCAGGUGGAAUUGAAAUAAAUGGUCUUUGUCACAUUGCAGUGGAAAAAAGACUUGAAUAAAAAAAACCUAUAAAUUUAAACUUUAUCUCCAACCAAAUCCUAUUACCUUCAAAACUAGAGUUCACCGUGAUGUGACGGCUGACUCCCAGUUGAUAAUCAAAACAUGUGUUGUCCGUUACAGCCUUCAUUAAAGCCCAGAGAAACAAUACAAAAAACAUCUUCUCCAUCAUUAAAACUUCUUCCAGGAUUAUCACAAUUUAAAGCCCCACUCUGCUUUUUUUACUACUUAAAGCGUUCUCAUUGGUCUUUAAAUUGUGAUUAUGAAGUUUUUUAGCUAAAAUCACAUUACCUCUGUCAUUUUCAAGGGCUUUUCUUCUGCACAGCUGCAGUAGCUCAUUAGCAAUUAACCUCUGAGUUGUAAGCGGAGACAGCGCUGCUCUCCACACUCCUCUUCACUCUAGCUUGUAGCCUAUCAUUGCUGGUGUAUCAGAAGUCGCAGGUAAUGUAGAAGCUAUUUUAAUGUCUUUGGGGGGGGAUGGUGACCGCUAAUGUCGUAAUUAGCUUUCCUACGAGCAUUGUUCCGCGAUCGUCCUCUUUACUUCUCAGAGUCUGGCCUGCAUAGAAGGGCUCUGGGGGUGGAGCUUGGAUUUGCUACGUAGGAAAUCUCAACGGCCCUCACUUAUCACUCUUGCGCAGAACUGAGCGCAGAUCUGAGCUCAGGAUUCAUAGUACAAUAGGACACACGUGAGAUUUAUAAAGAGUUCGUAUCUGACCAAUCCCAGCGUACGUAUGAUUGGGUCUUGAUAAAUGCGGCGGCUGAAAUCGAUCGUCAUUAACAUGUCACGCCCUAAAUAUUCGUGAUUCAUAAGCCUCGCCCACUGAGGUCAAACAUGAAAGAGGAAAUAUUAGACAGAUUCUAAACGUUUCCGAGCUGAAAGUGGAUAUCCUCACGUCUGUGGUGGAAACUAACACGGAUUUGCUCUUCGGAAGUAUGAAAACUGGUAUAAUACACUCCACUCGCCAGUGCAACAUUGUGCAAAACUGUACGGGCCCAAAUGAUGUCCCACACCCUUUCAGUAGUGUACAACAACAUCCUCACUGCUGGGCCAAGACAGAGACACCUGCCUUUUAGAAGUCAAACGCAGCGCUCCACAGUGGCUUGUGUGUGUGUGUGCGCAAUGUUAAAACGGCACUCCUGCUCUGUGGCAGUGUUUCUGGGCAGAGUUAUUAAAUAGGCCUUUUCACUAAGAACAUAACAAAUUUAUUUUAUUUUAUUUACAUCUUAAUCUCUAAUGAAAUCUGGCUGAUUGUGCUUAAUGACAGGUUUGAGGUUUGUUUAGCAAUUAUUUUGAAACAGACAUUUGCUGCACCGCAGAUCCACACUGACUCAAACUUGCGUACACGAUGUCAGACCUGGUUUGAGAUUUGGUCGUAGCAUACGCUCACAUGCAGAUUGAUAAAUGCCGAUCCUCACGUCAAAAUUGUCGUACGUAAGUUUUCUGCUGUACGCAAGCUUGAUAAAUGAGGGCCAAUGUGUCUGAGCAUGCUGUUUGUGUCUUUGGGAGAAGUUCACAGUGACUUGAAUGCAAAAAUACUCAGAAAUGCAAUUUUGUACUUCGUUUUCUCAUGACAUGUCCUGUAGCAUCAGAAAAAUGCCAUGUGAACAUGUAGACAACAAGAAAAACAUGAUUUUCAUCAGAGUGGGUCUUUAAAGAUGUCGCAAUCCUCAAAUGAUUUAACCCAUAUUAACCACUACAGUAUACAACAGUAAAGAUUAAUCAACAGUGCGACUGCGCAUGUAUGCAGUGGAUUCACUGUCCAGUGGAAGCCAGUGUGCAUCUGGGACAGUCACAAAAGGGAAGAUGUUCAUGUGGUUAGCUUUGCAGACCCCUCCUGCGGCUUUCUCUGUGUCCACCAGCCCACGUAAUGACCUCAUUUUUUGUUGGUUCAUGUUUGGUCUUUCUUUACUCUUUUUUACCUCUCUAGCUAAAUAAGCCCUUGUUGCUACGGCUGCAACUGUGAGGGUCCGUCCUCCUCCUGCUGUUUUGUUUCCUUCACCUUCCUGUGGGCCAAGUGGUUAAGCUGAAAAGUGCUUGCCUUAGCCAGAACACUGAUUAUGCUCUAACUCACUAAUUAAAGUGAUCAAUAGUAAUUGAUUGGUCCCUUGUAGAAAAUAUCUCUCAGGUGGACAACCCGGCUGAGACACCAGGCCUUCCUCAUCUCCACCUGCCAGAUCUCUCUGUCCUGAUAAACGAUAAUGAUCCAUUAUCACUGUGCUGCACAGUCCUACUCUGACUUCAUAGUGGUAUUAUAAAGUAUAUCUAAAUCAGUGCUUUGUCAACUGAUUACUGCAGGCAAGCCGUGACUAUUCUGGUCUUCAAGUCGAGGGAAUAGGUUGAUGUUUCAUUUGUGCUGGUAUUUAGGUCACUGCAGGAAUACUGAAGGAGAAGAGGGUACUAUAAAGUAGUAAUGAACAAAUGCAGCUGGGAAAUGUAGGUUUGUACUCCAAAUAUUGUGAAUCGUUAUGAUCAGUGAAUUUAGCUUCUGAGGAUCUUUGCAUGAGUACAAUUCAGUUUUAUUGCCUUUGCAUUGCUUGCUAAGACACGCCUUCUUUCCUGUGUCUCUCCUCAGUGCAAAGCCAGAAGCCACUGCUGACCGUCAGUUUCACCUCCGGAGACAUCAGCCUGAUGAACAACUAUGACGACCUCUCACCCACCCUCAUCCGCACUGGUCUGAAAGGUGUGUGGCUGUCUUUUAAUGCACGCCCAAGUCUCCCAUUAACUCUGUAUUUAUUUAACUGCUUUUCAUAUAGCUAAAAAUGGCUUCAUAUCUUAACAUUUGUCUGAUCUAGCCUUUUUUUAUCCUGUGACUUAUGCUGUAGAUGUGGUGGUCCAGUGGUGCUCACAAGGGGACCUCCUUGCAGUAGCGGGGAUGGAGAGGACCCUCCUUUCCCCUGAUCCCACCUGUCCUACCCCCACCAGGAAUGCUAUAGUUAAGUUCUACAAUGUUCGGGGUGAACACAUCUACACUCUGGACACACCGGCACAGGUGAUCAACGUAAACAAGGCUAAACUUGGAUAACUGACUUAUGUAAUGUGCUUGUGCUUGUGUCUGUAAGGUAGCAGUUUGUGUUCUACCUUUCAUCCCCUUUGAUCAGCCUAGCUGUAUUUUUUAAAAUGUAAAUAUGCCAUUUUCUUUUUCUUAUUUUGGGGCAUUUUUGGACAACUGAAAAGAGAGGAGACUUUUGAAGUAGUGAAGGGGGGAACACAUGCAGCAGAGGGUCAUGGCAGGGAGUUGAACAAGUGACUGCUGUGUAUAUAUGUGGCACUUCAAAUCAAAUCCAAAGAAGUUAUGCUGCGUUCCAGUUGUACUCUGAAGUCAGAGUUUCCGAGCUUUGAGUUGGAAAUUUAUCUGAAACGCCCUCCUGAAGUCAGAUUUCCAACUCGGAAAUUUGGACGAUCUUCAUCAACCCCGACUUGACAACAACGUCAUAAUCCAAGAUGGCAGCACAGUGCAUCAACAGUCAAGAGUAACAGUGAAAGCUCUCGUAAUGUAUUAUUGAUUAGCACUUCUGCAUUGUUUUUGUGAAAUUAAAUAAGUGGUAUAUGUUGUACUGAUCAACGUCUAACUGUGAGUAUGGUGCUAUGGUGUUUUGUAAGAGUAAAAUACUGUUAUGCAUCCUUUACAACUGGUAUAGCUAACGUCAACUAAUAGUAGCUGACAACAGCUAACAACAGCUGACAAUUGUUAACAACAGCUAACAGUAGGCGUCCAUCUUGGUUUUUUGACUUGUUUACUGGAACGCCGUCAGCUCGAGUGUUGCGUCAUUCCUAGCUCCAACAUCCGACUUCCAAGGUAACUGGAAUGCAGCAUUAGUUCAUCCCAUAGACUGUAUAUACUAUGGACAACUUGGUUCCGCCUACCGCCUGUAUACAUAUUUGAAGCCAAAAAGCUCUCAGUAUUUCCGGGAUUUUUCUUCAUUUCCUGAAACCAGCGCUGCGCAGUAGCGAUGCGUGCAUUCGGCCGCGCAGUCGCAGAGAGUCGCUGUGAUGUUGCUCGGCUCAAACAGCAUAUCCCCCGGUAGAGCUAUGCAAUCCCUGAACGCCCAUUGGCUGUAUCAGGUGUCAAUCAUAGAAAACAUGAACUCCCUAAUAACUUUUAAAAACGGAGCUUCACAGAAAAAAAUGGACUUGAGCACAAACCAGUCUUACAAUAACUACAUGUCAACAUCACAAGCAGGGGGAGAAAAAUUUAUGUUCUGUGUAAUUAUUUUCUAAAGUUGGUCCACAGCUCCAUAAGCUUUGCUGGCGGAGGUGGGAUUUAUGACCUAUACUGCAGCCCAUCAACAGAGGGUGCUGUUCUUGGAGUGGCUUCAUCCAGCGAGGAGGCAGACGGUGUCCAUUUUAUAUACAGUCUAUGAUUCAUCCAUAAGGGACUUUGUUUUUGUAUAAGCAUUAGAUCAAAGACAACAGAAAGCUCAUCAGACAUGAUAGAAGUAGACAGCGUGAAUAUGCAGCUUUAAAAAGGAAAUAGAUUUAAAGGUCAGAAGGAGUUAGACUAAAAUACUCAUGAUGAAAUAAAUUAAUUUGUAAAUAAAUAGAAGUAUUGGAAGUGGAAGCUUAGAACUCGUGGCUAAUGGUGAGUUUCUUUUUGUUCAGACUGUUGCUCACAUUUUGAUUUUAAACUCAAGUAAAAAGUUUCAUCUCAGCCAUCACUGUCCUAAGCCAACGCAUUCUCCAUUCUCCCUCCCAAACACUAACUUUUUGAAAGACAUACUGUGUCAGAGCAGUCCUAACCUGUGUGUGACGUGUCUCCUUCACCACCCUGCAGCGCCCCAUCACCACGCUGUGCUGGGGUCAUCGCGACUCUCGGCUGUUCCUGGCAUGCGGGCCGGCACUCUACGUUGUGCGAGUGGAGCACCGUGUUGCCAACCUGCAGCUCCUCUGCCAGCAGGGCAUUGCCACAGCAGUGAAGGAGGAGAAAGAUGUUGCCAAGCUUACCAUGCCUUCUCGCCUCUGUUCUUACGUCACUGCUGCAUUUGUCCCCACCAUCAAGGUAAGGCUGAGCAGGAGGUGUUGCAUCUAUUAAAGUCAUUAAAAAAUGUGAAUGUCACCCUCUGACAUCGCAAGUCUUAAUUUGCUUGACAUGAGCAAAGGCUUCUGCUGUACGACUUCUGCUGCCGUUGUGUUGUCGAGUCCCUGUGCUAAACUACAACUCAAAUUCUCUCUUUCAGCCCCCCAUCCCAGAUCCCAACAACAUGCGUGACUUUGUGAGCUACCCAACAGCUGGGAACGAGCGUCUGCACUGCACUAUGAAACGCACAGAGGAUAACCCUGAGGUGGGAGGGCCCUGCUACACUUUGUACCUGGAAUACCUUGGAGGUCUGGUGCCCAUCCUCAAAGGUCGGCGGAUUAGUAAACUGCGUCCAGAGUUUGUGAUCAUGGACCCCAAGACAGACGGGAAAACAGGUGAAACUGAACUUGGACCAAAAGUCCUGAACAUCAUGUCUUUUGAAUUUACACUCUCAACAGUAAUGCCUGACAAGCUAUUUCACAUAUAUGGACCAUAGAUGCCAAACUGUAGAAGACGUACAGAUCAUUGUUAGGAAAUUUAGUAUUUUGGGAUAAUGGAUAUACAUUGAAUAAUUUUUAGAUACUCUUGUCAUUCUGUGGUAUAAAUGAAUCAUCUUGAAUAGCAGUAAAGCGUAGGGCUGCAGCUAUCGAAUAUUUUAGUAAUCCAGUAUUCUUCCAAAUAUUCCAUCGAUUAAUCGAGUAAUUGGAUAAAACAUCAUUUUUCAAAGUUUAACAUCCUGCAAGGGACUUUUAACUAGAUUUGAAAAAAUCUCUGGUUUGUACUGAUGUCUUCCGGUCACCUGCAACAGCGAAUGAGCCCAUCUGUGUGAAGAUAGGCUGUUUCUAAAUAGUGAAAACGGGAAAUACGGGAGCCAGUGGUCAGGUCAGGACCGCGAACGAAACGAUUUACAACACUCGGGCCAGAGACAACACACACAUUUUUUCUUUUUAUUUUGCACUGAAAACACAUAGAUUAUUGUCACUACACAAACGGUGACAACGUCUUGCAGCAGGAGACUCCUGCAGACACCGUGCCAUGCUACAGCUGCAGCCACCGAGUGAGUAGCUCCUCCACACUGGAAACAGACAGGCAGAGCAGCUCUGUGUCACUAAUCUCCCACACCUUGGACAUUUUUUGCCUUUUUUUAAUUGUAUCUUUUUCUCUUUUCUCGCUUUUUUGUGUUUUUCUCUUGUUUUCUCCUGACAUCAUUCAUUUUUACCACCAAAAAAACCUUUACAACAAAAUGUCGUUGCUUGGCUUCCAUAUCACAGCAUUUUAUUCCUAUGGUGUUUAAUUUAAAUAUAAGAAAAAUAAACCGAAUAAAAACUAAGGGUAAAAACAAAGGAUCCUAGCUGCAUGGUAAGUAUUACUGCACUUUCUGGAGGUAGAGUGGUAGUAGAAUAAAAACAAAUUAAAGUGUAUAUAAAAAGAUAUAUGUCUUAUUUGAGUAGAUAGUAUAAACAGGAACACAGUGCAGCAGGGUAGGAGUGGGGGGUCAUUUGGCAUUUAGCAGUAUAAUGGCAAGGGGGAAGUAACUGUUUGUGAAUCCGGCUGUUCUGCAGCGAAACCUUCUGCCAGUAAAGCAUAUUGUUCUCUGUUCACUUCUUCAAUGACCUGUUGCUUUCCUCUGGUACGUAACUGACCUUGGUGAGGAAGGCUGUUCAUUAAACAGUGUGUUGCAUUUGCUUGUGACAACACUAUUUCACUGUGUUUUAAACAUAAAUGCGUCUUCCUCGUUCAAACGCUCAACAGGACUUUUAAUGUGUUUCUCUGCCACAUAUUAGCCCACUACAGUGCUUUUCCAGCUAUUUGAGUUCCUGGAGUUGGCACCCUGAGAGAGAGAGAGUGUGUUUUAGUCACACAGAGCAGACUGGGCCCAUGUUAAUUAAAAGCUGCUUAAUGGAGGCUCUGAUGGCCCCUGGGUUCCUCAUAAAUCAACCUGCACCCUCCCCACGCAGUGAUAAAUGAAGUCAGCCAUGAAAUGGUUCCAGCCCAUCCACACUUUUAUGUCCAUCAAAUAAAUUAGCUUGACCUAAACUGGAGCAGCAGCAGCAGUGGUCCACAGACACUGUGUAAAUGAGUGAAAAAGAACUGAAACAAGAAAAGUGGCGUCUUGGGGCUGAUUGAGUCUAAAAAUGUUUAUCCAGAGAAAUGUUGGAAAGCUCCUGCUGUCAUUGUGGUUUCUUUAAACAGUUUGACAUUCUAUAUUGUUUUAGCAUCUCUCUGUGCGACGUAUAAUUUCUAAACUUUGCCAGCUUGUGUAACUUUUUAUGGGAUAAAAAGUAGCCUAAUAUUGCUGGAAUAUAUUGAUAAAUUAUUGUUCAGGAUAUAUCCUCAGAAAAAUCCUCCAUGAUAAAUAUUUGCCGUCUCAUGAUAAAUACGAUAAAUGCAAGUUGAUGACGUAAGCAGGAGCGAGGGACUCGCAGCCAUAGCCCACACAGAGCAGAAUAACAAACAAACAUGGCCGAAGGUAAUGAUGAAGACGUUUCUGAGCAGCUUGUUACUGAAUGAAGCGCCACAUGAGGGAUUCCCUUCAAGAUUGGGGCUUAGAUAAGUGAAAUCAGGUAUGCCUGACGUCGGACAGUGGAUCUAAAAAUAUAGAUUGGAAUUAUAAUAUUUUUUAUCAGGACUUUUAUCAUUAUCACCAGAAUAGCAAAUCUUAUCGUGAUAAGUUUUUUAGCCCGUAUAGCCUAUCCCCAGAUAAGAGGAUAUAACUUACCAAGUUAGAAGGUGGAAGAGUUUUCUGCACCACUGUUGAUGAGAAAGACAUGUGCUACUUAUUAGAUAUGUCUAGUAGCAUUUAACAACAAAAUGACCCUCCUUUUUUUGUAUUUUCUGUGUUAUUUUCUCUUUCAGAUGAGAUUUAUGGCAACAGUCUGAUAUCCGCCAUGAUCGACAGCUGUAACUGCUCGGACUCCAGCGACAUUGAGCUCAGUGAUGACUGGGUGGGCAAGAAAUCUCCAAAGAUAUCCAGAGGCAGCAAAUCCCCAAAACUGCCCAGGUAACCAAACAUCUGACCUGUGCGCACUGCAUGAGUGUGACGCUUUACCUUUUAGCUCUUAAGCAGUCAGUGCUCCAUAUGAGGUGGAUACUGUCCACAUUUUGUGUUUGAUGAUGUCAAGGCAGUGAGGUCUAAAUAUUAAGGAGUUAAUCAGUUUGAACUGAUAAAUCAGUCUUGUGCCAGUUAAGAUUUAUUUUAAGGCGCUGAGUCACUCACAUGAAUCCUGGUUCAGCACGAACAAAGAUGCUUCUGUUACAGCAGAGGACCGAAGGAUGCCUCAGAUUAGUCACUCACUCCUCCAACAGCAUGAACCAUAAGAAUUAAGCUUUGAAGAAAUGUGUAAUAACCCUUUAGGUCAUUAUCUCCUUGAAAAACGCUGCAGCACAAGAAUGAACACCAGCACUCUUUACCGUUUCUGACAUCUUUACUCUCCUUCCUGUAUUAACCCUUAUUCAAUAGUUUCAGAUUCUAAUAAGAUGUUCUGGACUUGUCUUUCUGCAUGCCUAAACCUUCUUUUUUUAUUCGUUACCUUCUCUGUAGAGACUUAGUUUGUCCCUUUACCAACAGGAUCAAUAUUGAUCCCAGAAAAUCACCUAAACUGUCCCGGGCUACUCAAGAGAUCUCCAGGUCACCACGGUUACCGAUCCGGAAACCUUCGAUUGGAUCGCCCAGUCUAACAAGGAGGGAAUUCCCUCUGGAUGACAUCACUCAGGUAGCAGAUAAAGUUAUUUAGCUGAAACAUUUCUUCAUGUGGAGUUUACCUUCUUGCUUUCAAAAGUAAAAAUUUUUCCCUGGAUCCUGUCUUGCAGCAGAAUUACCUCGCUCAGGUCACAUCUAAUAUUUGGGGAACAAAAUUCAAGAUUGUUGGGCUGGCCACAUUUUUGCCUACCAACCUUGGUGCAGGUAACCAAUCAGCAACUUUGCUUUUCAUAUCAGGUGUUAAAAAAAAUUCAAAAUGACAAUUUUUCUCAAAAUUUUCUUGAUUUCUCUUUCUUUUCAGUCAUCUACAAGACCAGUCUCCUCCACCUGCAGCCCAGACAGAUGACCAUCUACCUGCCUGAGGUACGCAAGAUCUCCAUGGACUACAUCAACCUGCCUGUCUUCAGCCCCAAUGUCUUCAGUGAGGAUGAAGAUGACCUACCCGUCACUGGCCCUGCUGGUGGGGCUGAUGACAACCCCCCAUGCACUGUCAACAUCCCUAUCGCACCCAUCCACAGUCCCGCCCAGGCCAUGUCACCCGCCCAAAGCAUCGGUCUGGUCCAGUCACUCCUAGCCAAUCAAAACGUUCAGUUGGAUGUCCUAACAAAUCCCACUGCCACCCCUUCAGGGGCAGGUGCCAGUGGGUCAGACCAAAGCCAGGACACCAUUCUGACAGCCCAGUACACAGUACCCACCCGGUACUCCAGUCCUGGCCAGGUCAUCUUUGGGGGCCUAGAAAUGGGUCGCCUCAUGGUAGGACCUCCACCCCCUCAUCAUCCUUCACCACAACAACAGCAGCAACAACAACAACACCAACAACAACAACAACAGCAGCAGAGUCACCACCAACAGCAACAGCACCACCAACAGCAACAACUGCAACACCACCAACAACAAAUCCAGCACCAUCACCAACAAAUUCAGCAGCAGCAGCAACAAAUUCAGCAGCAGCAGCAACAACAGCAGAUACUUCAGCACCAACAUUUACAACAGCAACAGCAACUUCAGCAACAGCACAUCCAGCAGCUCCAACACUUGCAGCAACAGCAGCAGCAUCAACAUCAGCUUCAGCAGCACAUACAGCAACAACAACAGCUUCAACAGCAGCAUCAACAACUGCAGCAGCAACUCCAGCAGCAGCAACAACAAAUGCUUCACCAACAGCAAUCGCAGCAGCAGCUGCUGCAACAACAGCACCACCAUCAACUUCAGCAGCAGCAGCAACAGCUCCAAAUUCAAAUUCCUGUUCCUUCUUUGUCAUCAAAUCCGCCUUCAGGUGCAGCCGUGCUCCAGCCAGGGGCACUGCAGAUUCAGAUCCCUCAUCCACCUACUGAUUUGGUGGUGGAAAGAACAGCAGGGGGUGAACACGAGCACCUCCUGAAAAUCAAAAGCCCUCGGCCGGGACCACAGCUGGCUGAGGGAGACACUGUGGUGUUCAGUUCUCCUCCAGAGCUCAGCAAGAUGAACCCCCCACCCCCUUACCCUGGGACAGUGGCAGCCGCUGUGGCUGCUGCAGCUGCUGCUGCUGCUGCUGCUGCUGCUGCUUCAGCGUCAGCAUCUACCGCAGCCUCCUCUGCUCCAUCUGGACUGGGAGGUAGUACCAGUGGGACUCCUCCACCUGGAGACCUUUGUCCAAAAAAAGGCGAGUUUCCACUUUACGCUUCAGGCCAGCAGCAAGCGCAGUACCCCACACCCCUGGGAUAUGAAAGGAUAACAACGUUUGACAGCAGUGGGAAUGUGGAGGAAGUGUGUCGACCUCGAACACGCCUCGUCUGCAAUCAGAAUGUCUACACACUCCAGGGACCUGGCAGCUCUGCCACUCUCAGGGUCACCUCAUCAUCCUCAUCCUCAUCCUCAUCGGACAAGAAGAUCCAGCUGCCCUAUGCCUCUGCCACCCUAAACAGACUUACAGCCCCUCGCUAUUCCAUACCCAGUGGGGACCCACCUCCCUACCCUGACCCAGCCAAUCAGAACAAUACUGUUGGCAGGAACCCUGGACAGAGGCUGGACAGCAGUCUUAUCCACGCCACGCUCAGGAGGAACAGCCGUGAGGCCGCUCUCAAAGUUUCACAAAUGCUGGAACCACCAAGACCACUGCCUCCAAAGGCCAAAAAUAGUAGUGCACUAGCAGCCUCAUUCCAGCAGAGGGUGCCAACAGCCUUAUACACCUGCAGUCAGUGUAGCACUGGAUCCAGUGCUGGAGGAACUGCCCCAGGGAGUGCGAAUGGAAUAGCAGGAGGAACUAUUAUCCGACAGGAUUUUCCUCCAGGGACUGGAGCACCACACAGCACAGUUAUAGUUCAUUCGAACAGCGCCACUCCUUUGGCCUCUCAGUCCUCGUACAACCUGCUGAGCUCUUUUGAAGGGCCGGGGAGUGCAACAGGAGGAGGAGUGAGCAACAGAGACAGGGCUGAUUAUGUCAAUUCAGCAUUUACUGAGGAUGAAACACUGAACCAGUCACUGAGACAUCUGGCACUAGGAGGGGGUGAUGCAUCAGGGCUGGUUGUCAAACGUCCACCUCCCUAUCAGUGGGACCCCACAACCACAGAGGAGGUGUGGGUUCCUCAGGAACGAACUGCAACACUGAAUCCCACUGGACCCCCUGGACCCCACAAACCACCCCCACUCAUCCUUAGCCCAGCUCAGCACUUGGAUGUGUCAAGACUGCCUUUUGUCCUCUCCCCUAAGUCCCCCACUAGCCCCAGUGCUGCGUCUUUUCAAGCUGCUGCAGCAGCUGCAGGCUAUCAGAUCUCUCUCCAGUACCCCACAGCCACUGCCUAUCCUGGAGCUCAGCUUCAGCCCAUUCCAGGAUCACCUCGCCCCUGCUCGUCACCAAAGGAGAUGGUAGCACCUGUACCCUUCUCACAGCAGGAUGCUACCCUUGUCCUACCACCAGGAUACCCUGCGAACUUGGCAAACCUUGCCUGCUGCCCCCUCCCACCUUUGUAUACAGGAGGGGGGGCUUGUGCCGGGCUUCCCAUUCCCCCCAUUGCCCUCCACACUCCAUGGGGCACCUAUAACUCUUGCCCACCUAUGCCGAGUCCUGCAGUGCCACUACCACCCAAAGCCUCCCACAUGGCAGUCGACAAAAAUGUUCUCUCCCCUCCUCCUCCGCCUCCGCCGCCUCCCCCUCCACCACCAGCAGAACUGCAGAAUCAUGGAGGAUUGCAAGAGGCAAUGGCAGAGGCUGGAGAAGGUUUUCAGGAAGUGCUCUCUUUGACUGAGAGCCCGGUUCCACAGCGGUCUGAGAAGUUCAGCAAGAAGAACCGAAAGCGAGCAGAUGGACGGGCGGAUGAAGCUAACGUGCCACCGUUGGCAGAAGGGAGCAAGUCCAAGAAAGAGGGCAGAGCAUUAGGUGAUUUCAACUCACUUAUAUCCAGUCCACGGCUGGGAGGGAGAGACAAGAAGAAGCUGAAGGGACAGAAGGAGCAGCAGUUGAAGGCUAAGAAGCUGAGUAAAGCCACUGCUAACAGUGAGUUCCAGGACAGUUCAGAAAGUGAGCCGGAGUUGUUCAUCAGUGGAGACGAGCUGCUCAAUCAGUGCCAGAGUGGAAAGAAGGGCUGGAAGAGUAAGAGGAACCUAAGGGCGGCCAGUGAACUGGAUGAGAUCAAAUGUCGAAAAGCCAAUGAGAAGGAGGACAGAGGGCUGGGCAGUCAGGGAUUUGUGUAUGUCAUGGCUAACAAGCAGCCUUUGUGGAAUGAGGCCACGCAGGUGUACCAGCUGGACUUCGGUGGGCGUGUCACACAAGAGUCUGCCAAGAACUUUCAAAUAGAACUGGAGGGCAGACAGGUCAGAAAUCUCAUCUGUUAUGUUGAAUUAUGCUGCGUUUGAGUUACCUCGAAAGUCAGAAGUCCGAGCUGAAAAUGACGUCACACCCGAGUUACCAGAGUUUCAGGUACUAAGUCGGAAAAAAACAAAAUCGGAGGCAGAAACAAGAUGGCUACAUUUACGAAAGUUAUUUUAGCGCUUGCCUUGUUCGAAUAUAAGGCAAGCACUAAAACAACUUUCGUAGAUGUUGCCACCUUGUUUCAGAUUUAGCUCUCUUCCGACUUGGUAACUGAAACACUGGUAACCUGGGUGUGACGUCAUUUUCAGCUCCGACAUCUGACUUCCAAGGUAACUCGACUGCAGCAUUAUCUCUUCUCUUUUCUUGUCUUUAAACAAAAUCUUACCUUCUUUUUUUUUUUUACACAGGUGAUGCAGUUUGGCAGGAUCGACGGCAAUGCCUACAUCCUGGACUUCCAGUAUCCCUUCUCUGCUGUGCAGGCCUUUGCUGUGGCUUUAGCCAACGUUACACAACGUCUCAAAUGAGAUGUCCCCCUUCCUUACUUACCCUGAGUUAUAUCUGGGAUUUAAAUGCAAUCUGUUUGAGGGGCGCAGUUGUUUGGUUGAGAUUAAAAAGUAUGAUUUUGGGGGAGAAGGCUAAAACCAGCCCUGGUCAUAGAGAGACAAACAAUCACGCUGCACUACACAAUGCUGCCACUAAAGUUGGUGCAAUAAGCAUUGGCUGCAUUUGCCAAGAAUGUCGACAGAUCUGCUCUUUUUGGCAAUCUGAGGCACCUUGCAGUGCAUGUAGGGCCAAAGAGCUGAGCUUUGGUAAUCAUCAUGCAAAUAAAUGCUGCUUUAGCUUAGAAGAAGCUCAUAGUUGCAUGGUAAUGGAUGGGUUAACUGAGAGGGAGGAAAGGUCAUGGUGCAGUUUUCAGACGAAGCAGUAGUAAUACUUGAAAACAACACUCUGGAGAUCAAAUGAGUUUUUCCUCAGAGUGCACAGGUACUACUGGGCACUGAAAUCCAUUGCUGUACAAAAAGUUCAGUAAAACAGCUACCACUUUAUUACACUGCUUUUGCUUUUAGAAUUUUAUUAAAUGACUCAACAUAGUGGAGGGUAGGAGGGUCUUUUUUUCUCUCUGCCAUUCCUUUUGUUACUAUUUCAGUCUUUCUGGGCUGGAAUCAAAGCUUAGAUAAGGCAUCAUUUUGGAGCACUACUAAUAGUUCAUACUUUUCGCUGCUGUGAAAGGUGUGUCACUGAUAAAAACACUUGGGAGUAAAGAAAGCUGAGGUGAUCUGCAGUCUUUUCCACAUGGUUUCCUGGGACUUUGAAGGAAAAAGAAAUGCUACUCUGAUUCACAGAUUAAUUUAUGUGUAAAUUUUGUUGUUUAUCUAUUCAGAUAUAGAUUUGAGCAUUAUUGUCAUUGUUUGUGAUAUACAAUCUUUGUAUUCUGUCUACAUAGUUUUCUGAGUUCCUGCUUUAUUUGGGAGACUGUUGGCUGAAUCGGAAAUAUGCUGUGCUUUCUGGUGAGAGGGGCUUAUGGAAUAGCUUUGACUGACUUAUCCUGUACUUAAGUGAAUAAUCUACAUAUGGUGACAUAGGCGCUGAUUAAGUUGCCAGGGCCUUGAUUGAAUAACUGGUGUGAAGUGAUGUGUCACCUGCUGUCACUUCUGUGAAGUGAGUGUGUAGUCUGGAGAGGGGAGGGGAAGCUGUCCCUACUCUUUAAGCCCACACUUUAAAAACAUAUAAGUAAGGUACAGGAAAUAUUUUUGUAUGUUUCUCCUAUGCCAUUUCAUACUCUCUCCAGAAGUCAUGUAAAUACAUAUCAGUUAUAUGUAAAUGUUGUAAAGAGACUUUGGUGACUUUGACAGAUGUCUGUUUACACCUGUCUCCACUGUGUUUUUAAUGUAACUCUGUUGUGGAGCCAUGCAGUAGUACUGUUAACUCCAACAGCUACAAACACACACAACAAACUAAGAAGGUAAAGAAGCUGAAAUAUUGUUGAUUAUUCUUUGAAGUGAGAACUCAUAUGAAGGAUGAAGCUAUAGAAAUCUUUUCAUUCACUAAGCUGACACUGAAGUCUUUUUAUGUUUUUUCAUUCAGGCCGUCAAGCUUGUGUUCAUGUUGAGCUUAGGACACUGGGCAGGGCCAGCUGGAAGGGUGGAUGUGAACUGUCAGGCACAUUGCUUAUAACUGCAGUAGAUUUAACUUGAAUACGAUAUUAGCCAAAACCAGUUUUUAAAAAAAAGGGCAGGUGUAUUUGAGCUAAAUAACUUAAAGUAGGUAGGUGUGAUUUGGGUCCCAUUCACUAUUUGUGCCAAAUUACGCAUUAGCUAAAGUUAUUAUUAAAAAAUAAAAUGGGCCUAGCUGGAAGUCAAAGCUAAUUGUUGAUGGGAUGAUAAAGCCGUCACUUUGGACCAGCUCUGUUUUGGUCUCUGAAAUUGAUGAGAUUAUUUCAUUCUGUAGUGUGAUCUCUCUAUAUCUCAAUGUAAUGCAUGUCUGUCAGAGGAGACUGAAGGAGGCUAGAAAAGAAUUAAAAAACAAAACUCUACAGAUUGUAAAAAAAAUAAAAAAUAAAAUAAGAACAUGAGCAUGUCAUAAAGAAAAAACCCAUGUUUUGUGUUAGUUGUGCAAUAUUUUCUUCCAGAAAAAGUCCUGUUAUCACUUUUGACCACAGUUUGCUCUGUUCUUUUCGUUCCUCAGCAUCUUAGUUGCUGUCUGUACAUUUUAUUUAUGAGAUUAUUUCCUAAAGGAGAUAAAUUAUCUAUACAUACUGUAUAUUGUGGCGUUUUUCCAGGACAUUUCUUUGUGUUGAUAAAAAAAAAUAUGUAGCCCAGAUUUUGAGAUGGGACAGUUUGAAAAGGGCAAUUUUUUUCAGUUUUUCCUUUUUUUUAUUUUAUUUUUGUGAAGUUUGCAUUGGAUGGAAAAGAUGUGAAUGAGUAAGUGCCCUGUUUAGUGUAGUUGAUAGACUAGUCAAUGUCGAGUGUAACUGUCAAGUCAAGGUGUGUCUGUAUUCAACUGUGCAGUCUACCAAUCCCAUCAGUGUUACAUCUAUUCUCUUUAAACAUGUGUGGUCAUGGCUUCUUACACAAACACACAUUGUUCACAUAAGUUCACGAGUGUAAGCCACUGAGUUCAUGUCGAGAACUACCAAUGGACUUAGGCUAAGGAUUCACUUUAAACUGAUUAGAAGAGAUGACCUGUUGUAGAUAUUGUAGGAUCUGGCUUUUCUUUAGAGAAGAUGUGCUUUGUAUUUGUAGAUGUAAACUUCAAUGACAAAAACACUUGAAAAGAAUAUGAGUCUGAUUUGGUGACUGAACGUUUAUAGUGAAUGGAUAGAAAGGCAUGCCAUGUAAAUUAUUUUAUAAUUGUAUAUGUCACGCAUCUUUUGAAUAAAACGUCAUUGUUUCAGAAAA